UCCUGCCCGCCAGCUCCAGCGCUACCGUUAGCGAGCAAAUAAGGGAGUAGCGAGUCAUUUUUACUGAGGAAAUUACGUGUUAAUAUCUCGACAUUAUGCUAUUUUGCUGACUAGUUCUUCUGGGAAAAUGAAAUUACAGUUUUACCGUGACGACACUCCUCCUAGAAGAGAAAAUUCACUGUGUAAAGUCAGCUUUUUCACUUCGACCUCGGUAGCUGAACGGCUUUAGCGAGUCGGUUCGUCUUGACAAGCGAGAGGCUCAGCUGUCCGCCGCCGCCGUUGGUGCUUUCUUAGGCGAAGGGGGGCUGGUUUGGACAAAGCCAGUCAGAUGUUGGACGGUGAAAAAUAUCCUCGGCACUCGAACCUUUUCACACCGGGUUGUGAAGCUGCAUUGUCAAGCUGAUCAUCUGUCGUGAAAGUGCUAGCAAUAAGGGGAGGAGUAGGGUCUAUUUUUAAGAGGGCGAGAGUUUGGAUCUCGCACCGAGGGAAGGAGUAGGGGGUGUGCGGAGGAACAAGACCCGCAGAGAAGAAGGGACCUAGGCCGAAAAAGAUCUUGAUGCCAGUGAUGGCAAACGAGCCGAUCAUCCUAAACGUCUAUGAUAUGUACUGGAUCAAUGAGUUCACCAGCUCUCUGGGCAUCGGGGUGUUUCACUCAGGGAUUGAGAUCUAUGGAAGAGAGUUUGCCUAUGGCGGACACCCGUACCCAUUCUCAGGGAUCUUUGAGAUUACACCAGGUGAUGCAACCGAACUCGGCGAGACCUUUAAGUUUAAAGAAGCCAUAGUCCUGGGCAGCACGGACUUCACAGAGGAGGAUGUGGAACGGAUCGUGGAGGAAAUGGGGAAGGAGUACAAAGGCAACGCCUACCACCUCAUGCACAAGAACUGCAACCACUUCUCCUCAGCACUCUCAGAGAUCCUGUGCGGCAGGGAGAUCCCUCGCUGGGUCAACCGCCUGGCCUACUUCAGCUCCUGCGUGCCAUUCCUCCAGAGCUGCCUGCCCAAAGAGUGGCUGACCCCGGCUGCCUUACAGUCCAGCGUCAGCCAGGAGCUCCACGGAGGAGGGGAGCUGGAGGAGGCCGAGGACGCCGCCGCCACAGCCUCCCUGGCCUCCAUGUCGCCCUGCUCGCCCUCAUCCUCUUCCAGCCCCUCCUCCUUGCCUCGUCAUUCCCGCCACCAGCCCCGGCGGUAGAGGGUGCAAAGUCUGCUGGGAAACUUAUGGCUGGACUUGCGGUCAGGAAACAGAAUAGCUGCAGCAGCUGAUGAGUCCAGCUACCGCCAAAUGUCCUGUCAGACUGUCCUCGAGCAAGGGACUGAACUGCGACCUGCUCUGGUUAAGAAUGUCAGCCAAAUCCCUGCAGUGAUCCAGAGCAGUGGAACGGUUUCUCCUCGCAGGGGGAAGGAGAUCUCGCCGCUGACAAAGGCAUGUUCCGUCAGCGAACAUUGCUGACGGAUCACAACAUCCCAUCCAAAAUCCAAACUAUCUCCCUUCUAGUCUCUUUUAUUAUUUUACCAGCCAAAUCACAACGCAGAAUGGAAGCAGAGCCGUUUGUUUUCGUGCCACAGUGUUUCAUAAUUUAGGAACGUUUACCAGCCGCGUUCAGACUUUAGCUGCAGUUAUAAUUGUGGAUUGUGCUAAUCUCCACCUUGUUGUAGUGGAAACCAGAGUGAGGGGAUGCUGCGAAAGAAGUGCAGGUUCGGCUCAGUUUAAAACCACAAGCCUGCGCCAAAGGAGCGACCAGUCAAGACCAGUAACGACCUGAUUUAGAUUUGAUUUAGAGUCGAUGUUCAGUGAGAUCAUUUUUAAAAGAUCCGGGUAAACGUGGACAACUGAUGUCUCUGGUUUCUUAACUUUCCUAAGGUUGUGGCUGUGUUGCUGAGUUGGGUGGGUUUGUCCAUUACCACUCAUCACUAGUCUUUCAGUUGUUUGAAGGUGAAUAAUCUUUACUCUUAUCAGCCAAGUGGAGCUAAUUUAGGAUGGAUCGAGAAGCCACCACCUCGGCUGAUUUUAACGGCAGAGAGACCUGUCAAUCAAAUCAAACAUGCCAUAAACAUGUUUAAUAUUGUCUGUAUGGAACAAUAAUUCUCAAAAACAGUAUCAAGACUCACAUGAUGAGAAGUACUCCUUUUGAGAGCUUUAUGUCUUCAUAUUUCUAGAGAAAUUGAAGGCCGUUUAUAGCUGUUUAAUAACUGUUUAAAUAUGGGAAUAGCGCAGCACAUUUUCAGACAAGCUCGGUUCUUAACAUGAAAAGUGACAGAAGUGGUUGUCAGGAAUUAAACAACAGCUCUAGAGGGAGAAGUUCAAUCAUGAAUAUACUGGCACCUUCAGGGGUCACCAGAUGACUAUAGGGGGAGAUGCUUGUUACCUUAAAAUAGUUAUAUAACCUAAAUCAGCACACAUAUGCAUUGUAAUUCAGACUGAGAUCAAAAUGUGGAGUCGGUGCGCAGACGUUACUUUUUUUUUUCAUUGAUGUUUUUUUUUUUUUUUUUUUUUUUUAAAUAUCUUCACGAAUAUAUGUGAUGUUCGUUUAAUUACAGUCUUAAGUUAUCUGCGGUCCGAAUAAACUUCGGAUCAUUAUCAUGUUUUUAAUCGCCGGUAUAAUUUGACUGCGGCUGGUAAACGUUUCCACUGCAGUCAGCUGGAGCUAAGAUGUUUUCAAUAUUUGGCUGGUAAACUUUUGAAAGCAGCACGCGGAUUUUGGACUCGAAACACUUUGCCUCGAAAUGCUGUGUGUGCAUCAGGACCUCAGCCUUUUGUUCUUCUUUUACAAUCUUGUUACUAUAAUCAGCCUGAUUUUCCUCAAACGCCACACAGACACAAAUAAACUGAUCCCUAAUGCACCUCGGAUGGGUUCAGUUCCAGGUAAUCUUUGCUUCCCAAGUCCCUCGCUUCUUCUUUGUCCCUUUUUGUCAGGUAUCUGUAGCAGCUCUUAAAAUCCUACCUGUCCAUCAUGGAAUAACCACACCUGAUAUGAUAUAAUUGAACUGGAUGAAGCAGAUUUUUAAAAAUGUAUCAGCCUGUAAAGUAAUAAUUACAAAAUGGCAGCAGCUAUUUCUUCACCGAUAUUAUAAUCUUGUUAUUUUUUAAAUUUAAGAAUUGGGUUGCAGGGCAGGCAAUGACUUAGAGGUCAGUGUAAACUUUUUGUUACCAAGAAGGCUCUGGGUUUAAAUCCCAGCGUACAAUAGAGUGAAUUCUUUCUUAGUAGCAACUGCCAAGGUGCCUUUGAGCAAGGUACUUAACCUACAAGUGUCCCAGUGGCCACCAGUAAGACUGUGGUUGUACUGGACUGCUCCCAGUUCUCAGUGUGUUCAUCUUUGUAACCGUAAAGCAAAACGUUUCGUCUUCACCUGAGCAAGUCAAGUAAACGUUGAUGGACUCCAUGUCGGUUUGUAAUCAACACAAACAUCUGUGACGGAAGGGAAACUGAGGAAGAGUGUGUCUUAAAUGUUAACCCGCUCUGACUGACCUGUGAUCAGCCGUGGACCCCCGACAGUCAGACUCCUCACAUCUGUGUCUACUUAGGGAUGAAGCACAUCGGUGUUAAUCUGGAGCAUCACAAGCACAUUUUAAGUUUCAUGUCAAAAGAUUUAUACUUUUAUUUUAUUUUGGGGGGAAAAAGUGAUUAAACUUAUAAUGUACUAUCAUUUUAAUCAUUUUGAACAACUGUUGAGCGUAAUUUUACAGGAAGAUGCUGCUUCUCCAGAUGAUGAGCACCUCAUUUAAAACUCUAUAUAUGCUGUUAGCAACACCACGUAUGCUGCAUAAUGUGUAUUGUCCCAAACAACAGCCAUGGAUGUGUUGAAAACAUAUUUCUCAGUUGAUUUCACUUGUUUUGCUGGAAGUCUGAGGACUGGACUACAAGCAGGAAAACAUGUUUGUUUGUUUGUUUGUUUGUUUGUUUGUUUUUUAAAAUCCUUUAUUGUAUUUCUAUGAUAUAUGGACUCUGGCCUUUUUGUCUGUUUUGUUUAUGUUUGAUAAACUCAGGACUCCAAAAGGCUUUGUAACAUAAUCCUUUAAACUUUUUUAUUCCACAUUUUAUGUUUGCAUUGUUGUUGCUUUUUCUAAUGCAGUAGUCACUCCAUAGAGCUUUUGAAGAACGCACUGUGGCGGUGCAGUUUUAUACUCGUCUCUUUGAUAAAGGAAAAAAAUGAGCUUUUGUUUACAACCUGGAUGUUUAUAUGUGAGCCUGUGCUGCUCUUUGUUUUCCUGUCUGUGCAUGAAUGUGUGAGUGUGUGUGCACACUCGUAUUAUAAAUAGUUAGUAUCAACAACAAGCUGCCAACUGGGCCACAUACAUUUCCAUAUCUCUCUCACACACACACACACACACACACGCACACACGCACACACACACACGCACACACAAUCUGCAAAAGGGAUCCAUCUUCACAAAUGCAGCGGGUGUUUCCAAGGUAUUUUUUCAAAAACACUGCUGCAUCUUUAAGAGAUGGGAUUUCUCCACACGUGUAACCUUUUUGUUCUCGAUCCUAAAUUUCGGAUAUUUUCAGUGACAUUAUUUUGGUGCCGUGACAGAAGCAGUGUUAAAGCAGGACCCACUGUAAAACAAUGACAUUUCUCACAAAACCAGCAUACUUAUCUGACUAUGGAGUGAAAGGAUUCAACUCAACAACUGUGUUAUGAACUUAAUUUAAAUGUUACUUUUUUUGUAAAUCUGAGUAAGAAAACAUAAAACUUUAUUUUUAAUGCACUGACACAGACUGACACACACACUUCUACUGCUGUCAGCCUUCUGCCGGCUGGUAUUUGUACUGUUACUUGUCUGUGCUUCAACAAACAGACGCUGAGGUUUCCCCUUAACCUUCAUAGCUUCAGAUAGUUUAUCCAUCGUCUGUUGACAAGUACAGAAUAUCUCACCAAAACACACCAGCUGAUCCUGGAUUUACCAACAUAUGUAGCCUUUCGUUUCUAAAGGCUGAGGAUGAAAAAGUUCCAAUCGCAACUUUAAACGUCACAAAUCACCAUCACUGAGGCCAAAGAUCGCUGCAGCGACACCAAUCCUUGCUCUUUUUUUUUCUUAACAGCCAUUUAAUCAUCACAACUUCUUUAAUGAAUGUCUCGUUUUGGAAUGAAACGAUCGUUCUUUGAGAAAAUGGAUAUUUGCACCACAUGUGUGAGCUAUGAAUGUAAAUUGGGAAACCUCAGUCAUUCAAACCCCAGAAAAAAAAAAAAAACUGACUUCAACUGUUUGAGUGAAUUUUCACAGAGACUUCAACGGAGCCAAACAGAUUUGUACCCUGUCGGAAAGUUAUUAAAGAGGCGUAUACAAUCUG